ACAAAAAAAAAAGUGAUGAUGAUGAAUACAUUGGAAAGUUUUUUGGCCCCGGCGAGGGUGUCAGAUUGAAUGGCCUGUGCGCAUGUGCGAAGGUGUCCAAACUGACAAUGCUGGUGAGAUGAAGAUAGUGUUGUUGCUGCUUCUGGGCUCACGGAGGACGACGAGAGGAAUCUACAAGCCGACAAGAUGAGAUCCAAGGCGAGGGCGAGAAAACUGGCCAAAAAUGACAGUGAGCCAGUGGACAGCAUGUACGACACAGAGGCAGACCUCCCGGGUUUAGCGUCUGGUAGCAGAGGUGGUGCCGACAGCCCAGAAGAUGACCUAGAGGACGGCAUCAUCAACAUGUCUCCUUUGCCCUCACCGACUCCUUCCCAUCCGAACAACAACCACCACCACCACCACCUGCUGCACCCCCAUAUCUACACCUCCCACCACCACCACCUCCACAACAACAGCAGCAGCAGCAAUGACCAGGAUUUCACCACACCGAAGGAGGGCUCGCCCUACGAGGCACCAGUCUACAUUCCUGAUGACAUUCCGAUUCCCGGUGAACUGGAACUGCGGGAGUCUUCUGUGCCCGGUGCUGGACUCGGCAUAUGGGCUAAAACCCGUAUCUGUGCUGGUGAGAGGUUUGGUCUUCACAGCGCAAAGCAUCACGAGGCUACAGGCAAAGACAGCUCCUUUGGAUGGGAGCAGAUGAUGAAUGAUCAUGAAAAUGACUCCCCUGACAGCUGCAUCAAAAAGAUGGUGGACGACAUGGGCAACAUCAAGUUUGCACUCGACACGGGACCAGAGGCCACCAGCAACAGCUGGCUCAAAUACGUCCGCUCCGCCCCGUCGUUUGAGGAGCAAAACCUUGCUGCUUGUCAUCUUACAGGAGACCAGAUUUAUUAUAAAGCUGUACGGGACAUUGAAGCAGGGGAGGAGCUUUUAGUGUAUAUGAAGGACGGCAUUUUCCCCGAGGGAUCCAUGGCACCCAAUUUACAAGAUGAGCAAAUGUACCGCUGUGAAGACUGCGAUGAGCUCUUCUCUUCGACGCUUGAGCUGCGGCGGCAUCAGAAGUAUUCAUGCUCCAGUGCGGGCUCCAUCUUUGAGGCACUGAGAGAAGACUUCAAACAGGAACGUGAAGACAGCGACGACCCUGUCCAUGAGUGCAAAGACUGUGAGAAGAUCUUCCCGAAUGAGUACAGUUUGGGGCAACACAUGAUAGUUCAUACAGAGGAGAGGGAGUACAAGUGCGACCAGUGCCCCAAAGCUUUCAACUGGAAGUCCAACCUCAUCCGCCACCAGAUGUCACAUGACAGUGGCAAGCGCUUUGAGUGUGAAAACUGUGAUAAGGUACAGCACACCCGGCACGUGUUCACAGAUCCCAGCAACCUUCAGCGCCACAUCCGCUCUCAGCAUGUGGGAGCACGCGCUCACACUUGUCCAGAAUGUGGCAAAACUUUUGCCACUUCAUCAGGCCUCAAGCAGCAUAAGCACAUCCACAGCAGCGUCAAGCCCUUUAUCUGCCCUGAUGGGCUGCUUCUUUUUGCUCCCCCAGGCGAGGUGUGCCACAAAUCCUAUACCCAAUUCUCCAACCUCUGUCGCCACAAGCGUAUGCAUGCUGACUGCCGCACUCAGAUCAAGUGUAAAGACUGCGGACAGUUGUUCAGCACUACCUCUUCCCUCAACAAGCACCGUCGCUUUUGUGAGGGCAAAAACCAUUAUGGGUCUCCAGCAGGGAUGUUCAAUGCUGGAAUUCCCAUGAGCUCCAGCCCCAUCAUGGCUAAAGUCAAGUCCCACCAUCCCCACCUUCAUGGUCUGAACCAGUCAGGUUUAGGCUUCACUGACUACUUUCCCUCAAGACCUCAUCCUCAUGCUGGCCUGCCUUUCUCACCAGGGCCUCAUGGUUUCCCAUCUCUCCCACAUGGAUUUCCAGGUAUCUUCCCCCCAUCACUGUAUCCGCGACCACCUUUAUUACCUGCCAGUCCACUAAUAAAGAGCCCAUUGGGGAGCAGUCAGGAGGUGAAACUUCCUCGUAGUCCUUUAGACGCCCCUCCACUUUCUCUUGUUAGUUCCACAAACAGUAAUGGAAUUAACAGUUUGGGUCAAAUAGAAGACAAAGAAAAAGAGAACAAACUUGAUCUGUCUUCUAGUGGAGAAGCAAAGCCUAAAUCUAAGGUGGCAGACAUGUCUGAUGGCAGUGACCUUGAAGAUGUUAACACCACAAGUGGGACAGAUUUGGACACCACUACUGGUACUGCUUCAGGUGACGGCUCUGAGCUGGAGAGUGAAGGAGAGAGUGAACGAGAGAGAAGUGGUAAAAGGAGGAAGCCAUCUGGCAUUGCGUCAAGUCAAGAAGCAAACCAGUUCGAAGACAUGAACAGUGCUGUGAUAUCAGCCGUGUCUAGUUCAGGAAACCUCUCGAUGGAGCGCCCGUUUCUUGCUUCUGCAUCAUCCCAGCACUCCUUCUUUCCUCCACCUGAUGAACAAACCCUCCCACCCUCAGCCACAAAUGCCAACACACCCACCACUGAUUCCAUAAAAGCUAUCGCUUCUAUUGCUGAGAAAUAUUUUGGUCCAGGUUUGAUUGGACUCCAUCAGGAGAAAAAGAUGGGUCCACUCCCCUACCAUUCCAUGUUUCCCUUCCAGUUCCUGCCCAACUUUCAUAACUCCCUCUAUCCCUUCAGCACUGACCGAGGCGCUCUUAAUCAGAACAUUUUCUUUAAGCCUGAGCCCAAGUCACCCCGUGAACAGCUACCCAAGGUGGUUCCCAGUUCCCCUGGAGCUCCUGCUUCCACUGCAGAGUCCCCGUUUGAUCUCACCACCAGAUCCAAAGAGGCCAAGUUGACUCCUCUAACCCCAACAAACCCUUCAAACCCCAACAAUAGUGCUCGCAGCAGUUGUGGCCCUGUAACAAUAUCCAACAGUGAAGAACAGCCACUGGACCUCAGCAUUGGCAGCAGGAGCCGCAGUGGUCAUAACGGCAUGCCGGCUGAGCUGCAAAAUCGAAAGAACCACAUCUAUGGAGAUGGAAAGGGUGCCUCUAGUAAGGAUGAAAUUACAUCCUGUUUUCCACACCCCCAUUCGCAGUCGUUGCAUCAGUCCUCCAUCCCACAUCACCAACAGCCACAGCCACAUCAGCCACCACCUCUGCACUAUGCCAAGCCCUCAGCAUUCUUCAUGGACCCCAUCUACAGCAGGGUGGAGAAGAGGAAGCUACUUGACCCAGUUGGAGCUCUGAAGGAGAAGUUCCUCAGGCCCUCACCACCUCUUUUCCAUCCACAGAUGUCAGCCAUGGAAAACAUGACAGAGAAGCUCGAGAGCUUCGGUGCUUUAAAACUGGACGCACCGCCCAACUCACUGCAACACUCGGCUCAUCCACUGUUCAACUUCCGCUCACCGCCUCCCUCUCUCUCAGACGCCAUCCUUCGCAAAGGCAAGGAACGCUACGCCUGCAGGUACUGUGGGAAAAUCUUCCCCCGUUCAGCAAACCUCACCAGACAUUUGCGGACACAUACAGGGGAACAGCCCUACAGGUGUAAAUACUGUGACCGCUCAUUCAGCAUCUCAUCCAAUCUUCAGCGCCAUGUUCGCAAUAUCCACAACAAGGAGAAACCCUUCAAGUGUCACCUGUGCAACCGCUGCUUUGGUCAGCAGACCAACCUCGACCGCCAUCUCAAGAAGCACGAGCACGAGAACAUUCCUGUGAGCCAGCAGUCCGGGAUGCUUUCCAACCUAGGAACUACCAUCUCCUCUCCAAACUCCGAGCCAGACAAUCAUGCACUUUUAGACGAGAAGGAGGACUCAUACUUCUCAGAAAUCCGCAACUUCAUUUCCAACAGUGAAAUGAACCAGGCCUCCAGCUCCACGGAUAAAAGGUCAGACCAGCCUGAGGAGCAGCGCCCACCCAGCCACAGUUUGUCCAACUCCAAGUUAGGGCUCCAGGGGCUGGAGGAGGAGGAAGAGGAAGUGGAGGGUGAUGAUGAGGAGGAGGAGGAGGGCAGCCUGACGGAGAAGUCCCACGACGAGGCGCCAGAGUCUCCGUUGCCUGUCACUAGAGGAGUGUAUGAAGAGGAUGAUGAGGAGGAGGAAACGGAGACGGCCCCAUUAGCUAUGAGCUAUGAACACACUCGCAGGCUUAUGCAAUGAUGCUGUCUCUCUCUGAGAACAACCCUUUGCACGCGCCCUCCCAGAACUCUCUGGAAGCUUGGCUGAGCAUGGGAGGUGGACCGUCUGAGACGAGCAGCUUUCACCCACUCAACCACAUCUAAACAAAGAGAGACAGAUAGAAGGUGGGACGAGGAGUGGGAGGAACUUUAGUUUCACAAACGGAUAGGAACAAACAGACUGAGUGGACGCGAGUUGUGGGAAGAAGGGGAGACCGGACAAGAGUUCAUCGUCACAUACAUUCAAGAUAGAGGGAAUGAGUUUGUGUGGUUAUGUUCGCGUUCACUUGUUUGUGUGUUUGUGUGAAUGGGAUAGGCGAAGGAAAGACUGUCCCUGAAUGAGGGGGGUCCUGCAAGACUCUGUCCAAGAGAAAGCACUGCUAAGCUCCUGUUGAUGUGAAGGACGUGAUGAAUGCUUCUCAACAAGCAUCCAAACUCUGCAUAACUCUGAUCCUCCCCAAGUGCACAAGGCUCACUGCAGCAUCACAGACACCCCGGAUAAGGCGCUCAUAAAGACACUUAAUGACCGACAUGUCUCUAAAGUCUGUGUACAACGCCUAUGAAAAGGAUUGUAGCAUUGGCACUGUGUUUCCACAAGGUGGCACUGUUUGGGCAGGAGCACAGAGCUCCUGCCAGCAGUCCUCUCCCAAGUUUUCCCAUCAAUCAUGGGCGAUCGAUCUUAUUUCAGUUUUAAUUGCAGAAUCAACAAUAGCAUCACAUUAAAUACUCUGAUCCAGUAGGCACUUGAUUUUUUAUUUCAGUGAUUACAUGAAGAAUAAUGUCCAAUGUUCAAAUGUGCUUUUAAUGAGCUAUCUUGGCCAGUCGCCAUUGUAAUUGGUUAUUAAAUUUGAUCAUGGUGAAGAUUAAUUUAAAUCAUCCUAGAAAGAAAAGUUCAUUUUUGUUUAUCACAUCAUCAUUUUUCAAUUGUAUUUACUUCCUUUCUCAUUAGAUACCACAGUAUUGUUUCUUUGUAGGCACCACAGUGCUAAAUUGUUAAUAUAAUUAUUUUAGAGAAGGACCAAAAUUGUAUGAUACUGUCAUAUGAUGUAAAAUAUAACUUAGAUGUUCAUAGCAAGAGUGGUUUGUGCCAAAUAACCCAUAAAGAUGUUUUGUUCUCUGACAA